AUGCGGCCCGACGAGGUGCUUGUGUGCCUGUUCGUCACCUGUCCCCCCCCCCACCUUUCUCUUCCAGUGCUGCGCUGGAUUUGCUCAUUAGACACCCAUUUGGCCGGUUUUUUCGCCUUGGAAAUCAGCACAAAAUCGUCCGUGUAUGAUUCGCUGGGUGGUGAUCACGCGGAACUUGCCGAGAUUCGCGCUCAUUCUUGCUCACUCGGCCAAAGUGACAGACUUAUGAGCUUCUGCACCCGCGCACAGUCACGAAUUGGCAAGCAAAAGUCCAACUUGCCAGAGGCAACGGCGCAGCUGCAGGACCAGGGCAAUCAUGCCUUAUCUUGCUUUGGAUGUCCAAGAUAUCGCAGAUCAUCCCGCGGCUAUGUUGCGUGA